UCCGGGACCCGCGCUUGCCCCGCCCCCGGCCGCCGCCACUUCCGGCACCGCUUCUGGGCCCCGCGAGCCGCCGACGGAAACCUGUACGGCCCCGCCCCAGCCGCGUCCGAGCAGACUGGUCAAAAGAAUGGAUUUUACAGAGGCCUAUUCUAACACGUGUUCUACAGUUGGACUUGCUGCCAGAGAAGGCAAUGUUAAAGUCUUAAGAAAACUUCUUCAAAAGGGACAUAGUGUUGAUAUUGCUGAUAACAGGGGAUGGAUGCCAAUUCAUGAAGCAGCUUAUCACAACUCUGUAGAGUGUCUGCAGAUGUUAAUUCAUGCAGAUUCAUCUGAAAACUACAUUAAGACAAAGACUUUUGAAGGCGUUUGUGCAUUGCAUCUUGCUUCAAGUCAAGGCCAUUGGAAGAUUGUAAAGAUGCUUUUAGAAGCUGGUGCAGACCCGAAUGUGACUACUUCAGAGGAAACCACACCACUGUUCUUAGCUGUUGAAAGUGGACAGAUAGAUGUGUUAAAGCUGUUGCUUCGAGGUGGAGCAAAUGUUAAUGGAUCCCAUUCAAUGUGUGGAUGGAAUGCUUUGCAUCAGGCUACUUUUCAGGAAAAUACUGAUAUGGUAAAAUUGCUUCUUAAAAAAGGAGCCAACAUGGAAUGUCAGGAUGACUUUGGAAUCACGCCUUUGUUUGUGGCUGCCCAGUAUGGGAAGCUGGAGAGCUUGCGCUUACUUAUUUCCUCAGGUGCAAAUGUCAACUGCCAGGCCUUGGACAAAGCAACUCCCUUGUUCAUUGCUGCUCAGGAGGGUCACACGAGCUGUGUAGCUCAUUUGCUGUCCAGUGGGGCUGACCCAGAUCUCUACUGUAAUGAGGACAACUGGCAGUUACCUAUUCACGCAGCUGCACAGAUGGGCCAUGCACAAAUCUUGGACUUGCUAAUACCACUUACUAACCGGAUCUGCGACACUGGCCCAGACAAAGUGAGUCCUGUUUACUCAGCAGUGUUUGGAGGGCAUGAAGAGUGUUUGAAGAAAUUGCUCCAGUGUGGCUAUAGCCCCAGUGCCCAGCUGUGUCUCAUCUUUGGAUACACAACUCCAGUAUGUAUGGCUUUCCAAAAGGACUGUGAAUUUUUUAGAAUUGUGAAUAUUCUUUUGAAGUAUGGUGCCCAGCUAAAUGAACUUCACUUGGCAUAUUGUCUGAAGUAUGAGACAUUUUCAGAGUUUCGCUACUUUUUGAAGAAAAGCUACCCAAUAGAACCGUGGUUCCACAUAUCUGAAUUUAUAGUUCAUGCAAUUAAAGCACAGAAAAAAUACAAAGAAUGGUUACCAUCUCUGUUUCUCGCUGGAUUUGACCCACUAAAUAUUCUCUGCAGCUCUUGGAUUGACGAGGUCAGUGAUGACGUCCUUAUCUUCACGUUGGAGUUCACCAACUGGAGGAGGCUGCCUCCUGCUAUUGAGAAGAUGCUUUCUGCCCGGGCCGCGCACUCCGCAGCCCCACUGCAGCAGCACAUUGCCUCUGUUCCAUCCCUGAGUCACCUUUGUCGUUUGGAAAUUCUGUCCAGUUUAAAACCAAAGCAUCUACAGUCUGACCCAUUUGUCUAUCAGUUGCCUCUUCCCAGAAGCCUACAGAAUUACUUGCUCUACUCAGAUAUUCUGAGGAGGAAUGAUGUUCCAGAACUGACAGUUAUUCCAGAUGAAGAGAUCUGGGACGCUAUUUAACCGUGGCUACUGAAAACACCAGGAACAAGAGCUGUAGGUAGAGAACAACGUUUUUGAUUUUAUAGUUACAAAAGAUGAAUUUUUCUUUGUGUGGUGGGUUAGGUUUGUGGGAUACUAAGAAAAUAGGAAUGUUUACAACAGAAAUUCCUGACUCCCCCCCCAAAAAUUGUAGACCUUACUUAGGCUGCCUGAUUGUUGUUUCAUUACUAGUGCAUUUUAUGUCAUAAUAUCCAUUUACUAAGCUGUUUUCUACUUCCAUUAAUGAACUUUGAUAAAGAUAGAUAUGACAUAUUUCCUCCACCUGUGUUACUGUGUUUACCUAUGGCUUCCUAUGUGUGAAAUUCUUGCAUAAGCAUUAUUGGAAAUAUUCAUGACAGUAAGAUAGUAUAUAUUAUUAUUAUUAGUUUGUGCUUUACUAUCUCAUAUUUAUAGAUGAGUAUGUUGUUUUAUAUUUUAUUCUCAUAUAUUAAGGUGGUCACUUUUAUUUUAUUUCUUUUCUUUUCUUUUUGGGUGAUAACUGCUGAUUCUUAGGGUUUACUCCUGACUGCACUCCUAGCGGUGCUUGGAAGACCAUAUGGGGUGCCUGGAUUUGAAUCCAGGUCAGCCUAGUGCAAGCAAAUGUCCUACCCACUAUACUACAGCACUUAGUCACUUUUAUUAAGAAUUUUAUUUUCUGUUUUUUCUCAGGUAAACUCAGGAUAAUUUUUUUUUUUUUUUGCUUUUUGGGUCAUACCCAGCGAUGCUCAGAGGUUACUUCUGGCUUUGCACGCAGGAAUUACUCCUGGCGGUGCUUGGGGGACCAUAUGGGAUGCCAGGGAUCGAACCCGGGUCGGCUGCAUGCAAGGCAAACGCCCUACCCGCUGUGCUAUUGCUCUGGCCCCAUCAAGAUAAUUAUUUUUAUAUCAAAAAUGAACCAUUAUGCUAUUUUUUAUUUUUUUCAGUAUUCUGAAUAAGCAAAAACCCAUUUCUAAUACGUAAAAGUAAAAGCACACCUAAAUUCAAAGAUUUGCUCAGUUAAAAAAAAUUAGGUCAGUAUUGGAAUAAACAUUUUCAUUUAUUUUUUACAUUUAGGAUAUGAUUAGGAGACAGGGAAGGAUAUUUCUAUGGCACCAUCUUUUGAGAAAGUAAAAUGUGUUUGCCAGUUCCUUAGUAUCAAAAGGAACACUCACCAGCCUUCCAUCCUCUGAGGCAGAGGACAGCUGGCCCUAGAAAGCAGAAUUCCCAGUAGUACUGAUGAGGAAAAUGUUUUCUCCGUAAGUUACCAGUGUUCAUCGAGUUUACACCUCUGUGUCCUAGUUAGUGAGAUAUUCAGCUCAUUUUAAGAUCGCUAAGUCUGAAUCUAAAGUGCGUGGGAGCUAGUGAGAUGACCGGAGACUUUGGAGCCAUUGCAGGAGGUGGCCAUAGGUGGGCUCAGCUCGAGCAGGCGUGGACACGGGCAGCGGUGGGCAGGCUCUCUGGGGAGCCUGUGUGUGAGAGGAGCGUCUGCACUAGCACAGACGAAGGGUGCAGAGUGAAGAGCUGGAGGGCUGUGAGUCCCCGCACAUGAGGGCCACUGCCCACAUUGGAGAUAGAGUUGGAAUGGGGGUAGACAGGUUGGAGUAAAUGUAGAAAUCAGAAAUUAAAUAUGGGAAACGUGUAAAUUAUUAUUUAAUAAAGACAUUUCAAUAGAAUAUUUGUAUUAUGUAGUAUUUUUUUAAAUUGUUGUUCGAAUUUACGUUUUUCCUAACCCUGUCUUUAAUUUGCAAUGUAACAAGUUUCUUAUGAAGGUCAAGUAUGUACAGAAAAAUUUAAAUUUGAGGUGUAAUUGUUUUGUUUUUGUGUAUAUUUAAAUAUGUAAUAAAAACUAUUGAUGGCUUA